AUGCAGCAUUUCCUCGACCAAGAAUCUCAGAGCACCGUUCUCGCUACCUGCUACAGUGUUGAGCCGUCGACCUCCAAGGUCCACGGCUUCCACUACUGCACUACCCUGGGCGCCGGUAAGUAUCUAGGGUACAGUGGUAUCCCUGAGGUCCCUUCGGGGACUAAAUCGUCUCUCUUAAGUCCUCCCCACGACAUACUCGAUUCCCGCGCGGAACGAACCUGGCCAGGAAACAACUGGCCAGAGUACAAGGGGGAGGCAACGCAUAACAUCCCGGAAGAGUGUGAGAGCCUCUUCUGUGACAGACUGUCUGCGAUAUUCCUGGGUGAGAGGGGUUUCGUGGAACAGGAGUCGCUGGGGAUGGAUGCGUUCCAAAAUAUCCAGCCAAAUCAAAUCGGGCAGCAUGAUCGAAUCCAGCGAUGGAUAGAAGUGUGGGAUUACUCCGGCGAUGCUAUCUACCGCGGAUUUGUAGCUGAACACAAUAAGGAGCGGACCUUGUUCGUCUUCUUUGAGGACCGUGCACUUGAACACGGCCUCAAGUCAGGAAUGUCCAAGGAGCGCGUAAGAUCUCUCCAGGUCCCUAAAUUCCUCCUCCCCUCCGUGUUUCCUAAACACAGUGCGGGGCUUUCUCCAACGGACCGCAGACCCCAAAACACGACUGAGAAGUAUCUUGACGGCCAUGUCUCCUAUCUGCGCUGUGCAGGCUGUGCCUCACAUCUUUGCUGGACUUCCCAAAUUAUCAGCAAAGGGUUUACAGGUCGCCAUGGACGUGCCUAUCUUGUGUCGGCAGAGCCGGUAGCCACUGCCGUGUCGGUCAGCGCGUCGUCUUCGCCUACAGCGUCCCUGCCCAAUACGGUAUUGCAGCGUCCAGUUCCUCGCCAACUUGUUACAGGGGCACACACAGUCAGCGAUGUUAGCUGCAAAUUCUGCGACAGUGUCCUGGGCUGGAAGUAUGUUGCAGCCGAAGAAGAAUCACAACGGUACAAGGUUGGCAAGUUCAUUCUGGAAACGAAGAAAAUCGCUACCUCUUCGUGCUGGGAAUCUCCACCUGGCGUGGAACAGACUAUGCAAGCCGGUCACCAAUAUGCAAUUGGGUCUGGCCCAGCAGAUACAGAGUUUGACAGCCAGGAUGAAGAUGAGUGUGAGGACCUUUUCGCCGGAAUCUGGAGCCCUGGACUUGCUGCGCGUCGAAGAAACCGUGAGAUUAAACGUCGACCCGCGAUGUGGGGAAUCUCAUAA